AUGGAUAUUACGCCUUCCUCAUCUUCAGCAGCCCUUAUGAGCGUUGACGUGCUGGGCCUCAUCAAUGAAUCUCGCAUGACCUACGGUCUUAGACACCAAGACUAUCAACGUUAUCGUGAAUAUUGUACCAACCGUAUUCGUCGCCUUCGUCAAAUCCUCAAGCUCACACAAUCCAACAACAAAACCACCAACGUUCGUAAGCCUCUUCCCCAAGAAUUCAACGAUGCUCGUUAUCUUCAUCUCGGUAUCUACGAAACUGAACGUGCUUGGGCUUUUGCUAUGGAAUUGAAGCAAGAAAGCGCCAACAGUAUGGAAACUCGUCAGCGCCACCAUUUAAUCAAGCGUCUGAAGAGGGCUUCUCAACAUGCUGAAGCUUUUUACAACUUGUGCCAGGAACAAACUGUAGAUAUCAGAACCGUAUUGGACGUCAGGGCAUAUGCCACGUUAAUGAAGGGCUAUCUUUAUUUCGAGCAGCAACAAUGGCAAGAAGCUAUGAACCAAUUUGUCGAGUCGAGGACUAUCUAUGAAAAGUUUGCAAAGACCAACAGCACUGCAGAGCAGGAAGCUUUGUGUUAUUCUGCCAUUGAUGAAAUUGAUCCCAACAUUCGUUUCUGCGCCUACAAGCUUCAAUUAAGCGGCGGACAAGAUGUGGAAGGUAUUGUUGGUCAGCACCAAGGAUCUGACAUGGAUCAAUUGAAGGAGCAACUUGCCAAGAUCAGCAAUAACAAUUCCAAAGAUCAAACACGCAAAACCCUCAUAUGGCGUGAUAAGGAAUUUACCAUCAAGAAUCAACAUUUGGCACAAUCUGUCAUCAAAGCACAAGAUAUUAGAAAAUCAAUUCAACCCAACGACGCAUCUGCUUUCGACGCUGUUGUGAGUGCUUGGGCCGAAGCUGACAAGCUUGCAAAAAAGGCACUCAGGGACGACAAGGAAGCUACUGCAAAGGUUACUUCAUCCAAAUCAGCCAAAGCAACCGAGGAUCUGAACAACUUGUUUACCUAUGUCGAAUACAACCUAUUCGGCUCCUCCAUCGAGCGCAAUGUGUGUUUGGUUGACCAAGCUGUCGAAAAGAAGCCUCAACAUGCUGUCAAGCUGUACGACGAUAUUUUGAAGCAUCUCGAAUACAUUUGGGAGCUGCCUCACGUCAAGGACGACAUGUCUCUUGACGGCGAAUUGAAUGUGUUGUCCUUGUAUUACAAGGGUUGUAGAUGUGUCCAAGUGGCUUCAGCAUAUAACGACAUGAAGAGGACAGCAGAAUCACUGGCCAUCUAUCAGCGAGGUCAAACUUAUGUUGUUCAAGCCAAGCAAGCACUCUCGCAAAUUCGCUCUUUUGCUCAAGAUGCACUGUUGAAGGUGACUGAUAGUAAUUUAGCAGACUUGGAACAAACCAUCCGCUCAGGCACAUGGAAAUCGCGUGCUGCUUGGUACCUUGAAAACGGAUCUGAUAACGGCGACGAUGAGCAAGUCUCUGAAAAGAUGCAGCAAUUGGACUUGAACUCGACUGAGACAUUAUUGGAGCAUCUGGACAGCUAUCCCUCUAGCAUCAACCCUCAACAUCUCGUCGAAUUCCCACCUAAAUUCCAACCUGUUGCCUGUAAACCAUUCUAUUUUGAUUUGGCUGCUAAUUUUGUUAAAUAUCCAGAGGAAUCAUUAGCUGCUCGUACCGAGAAAUCGUCUGGCAGUGGCAGUGGCUUCUGGGGCAUCUUUGGUAGAAAAUAA